UAGAAUUUUCGAACAGUACAGCAGUCUGUACACGAAGUUUGCGAUGGCACCUAAAACUAGUGGAAAGGCAGUGAAGAAGGCUGGUAAAGCCCAAAAGAACGUCACGAAGACUGACAAAAAGAAGAAGCGUAAGAGGAAGGAAAGUUACGCAAUCUACAUCUACAAAGUCCUAAAGCAGGUUCAUCCUGAUACUGGAGUUUCCAGCAAGGCAAUGAGCAUCAUGAACAGCUUUGUCAACGACCUCUUCGAACGUAUUGCUGCUGAGUCUUCCCGCUUGGCUCAUUACAACAAGAGAUCCACCAUCACAUCUCGGGAAAUCCAGACUGCUGUCAGGCUUAUUCUUCCUGGUGAACUUGCGAAACACGCUGUCUCUGAGGGCACCAAGGCUGUGACCAAAUACACCAGCUCCAAAUAAAUGAUAUUUUAAAUCUUGCUGGCAUUAACAAUCGGCCCUUUUCAGGGCCAA